AUGUCCAAAUCAUCGCCCACAGAUGAACCGUUCCAAUACUAUAAUCCCAAACUUAAUCGAGAUUGUAAGGGCACCGUCAUUUUGGAUGAUUCAGACUCGAUUGCUAUAAUGACGAUCCCCAACUGUACUAUAUGCCUGACAGGCGAGGGUGAUCGACCAUCUGUGAAGAUGACCCAGAACCCACUGACCAAUUCGAUUUUCGCCAAUCUCGAUAUCACUUCCACAGGGGAUAGUAUCAUCGUCAACAAUGAGGAGCUCGGAGUUGACGCUUGCAUUCACUCAAAGUACCUCGUACCUCAAGGUAGAGGUGUAGCAUCUUGCAGUACUUAUCAGGUCAGCGGCCUAGGGGAAGAAGGAUUGAAUGGGUUGUAUGAGAAGUGGCGAAACCGCGAAUUUCCAACCUGUAAGCAAGUCUCCGUGAAGUACACUUUCAAGAUACCAGAUCAAGAAGGCUACAUGACCUUGGUCACUUCUCCUUUGUUCGAGUCUUCUGAUGAUGGUGGGAUUGAUAGAGAAUAUGGUGCAAUUCCCACUCGAGAAAAUACUGGAAGGAAAGCGUCACGUACGUGUGCUUUGAUGCCUUUAGCGCUUUUCAAGCAGGCCAAAGAUGGAUUUGAGGCGGUCAUGACUGGUAGAACGAAUGCUUCGUUUGAAUGA